CAAUGAAAUGGCUGUGUUUCUCGCAGGAAAACAACUUUAGCAAAUACGAUAAAUUCUAUUAUCUUUAAAGUUGGCAACGAUUUGAUGACAGACGGACAUAUUACUCUCGAGUAGUACAACUCAAUGGCGAGAUAGACGAUUAGUUAUGUUCAAAUAGUAUCACGCUAAUUAGUGAGCAAACAGGAUAAUUGGCAAGUGAUUCUGCAAUAAAAAAGGACAUCGUGUGCCAAUCGUUGCUAUAUCUUGUAAAUUAAUCUCAAGAAUAGAUACAUGUAUGGAUAUCAAUGCUGAAAAGAAAUACUUUCUCGAGGCGUUACGUUUAUUUUAUGAAACUCAAUGGCUUCAUAAUGUACCGGUAACUGAGAUACUAACUCAAGGAUGUCUGGAUGCAAUCCCCGAAGAAUGGAUGAAGCAUUUGCAAAUUUUACAGAACGACGAGCUUAAUAAUUUUGUAGUGAAUAAAACAACAAAGUCGGAAUGGCCGGAUUCCUUGAAAGCCUACGUUAAUCAUUGCACAAAAACCAACAGAUUAUUGUCUGCGCUUACGUUACCUUCCAUAGAAUUGCCGCAAAACUUCAAAAUAGGUCUCAGCCGAAAGAAACAACACGAAAUUAUUCAUUUAGCUCGCUUAGUGCACGCGCAAUGUAAGCCACACGAUAUCCAAACGAUCAUCGAUUUGGGCGCCGGCCUGGGAUACGUCUGCCAGAUGUUAUAUUAUCUAUACGGCUACCGGGUUCUAGGAUUGGAAAAGGACGAGGAAAAUGUGAACAGAGCCUGCGCUAGGCAACAAAUAACGUAUCCUGAGUCUCUGAGCAACGUUAAAUACAUCAGUUGCGAUGUGACGUGCGAUUCCGCUGAUAAGAUAGAAUUCAUUUUACAGCAGGAGUUUCCCGACACAACGGCCGCGUGUUUAAUCGGUCUGCACGCUUGCGGUGACCUCAGCACGAGCGCAUCAAGAAUCUUUCGCAGGAUGAAAUCCGCGAAACUCUUCAUCCUCAUUUCCUGCUGUUACCACAAACUCUCCAUUUCCGAGAGCGUGCGGACUUCGUUGCAGGAGAAACAGUACUUUCGCAACUUUCCAAUGUCCAAUUGUCUGCGAGAAGUCAUAACGACGUACAAUUUUGACGUGGGACAAUUUCUGAGGGUGCCUUUCCUGCGACUGGCGUGUCAGGAGUCGGUGGACAAGUGGCGCGAUAUGUCCGGGGAGAAGCACGACGAACACUCCUUUCACGUUCUCGCCAGAGCUGUGCUCGAGUUGUAUUCGCAACAGAAUAAUCUCGUUCUAAGGAAAAAAGUACGGAAAGGCACGAGGAAAUCACAGUGCAUGGAUUUCCAAACUUACGUUAAGGAUUCGCUGUUGAGAUACGAUCUAGCGCCAAGAACGGACAUGGAUCUAACAGGUAUCUUAACCGCGUACGAUGAACUGGAAAACGGCAUCACGCGAGUAUGGGAAAAUCAGAAUAAAAGACUGAGAGCUGUAGAGAUUUAUACCGGACUGCAAAUGAUGUUGCAACUCCCGGCGGAGUCGUUGGUUUUACAGGAUCGUCUGUGUUGGUUACACGAGCAAGGUUUGGAAGCGGUCAUUGUGCCUGUGAUGAACAAGCGUUUGUCUCCUCGUUCACACGCGAUUGUAUCUCAUAAAUGCUGAAAAUUAUUUGCCACAGCUUGAUAUCUCUUUUCUGCGCGAAUUAAAAUGUAUCACACUUAUUUUAUACGAAUAUUUAUAAAACGACCGAAUACACAUUUUGAAAAUAUCAUUAUUCAAAA